UUGCCCUGUAUUGUAUGAUACGGUGUGUACCUUGAACCUUUGUUGCGUGGAGACCUUGAAAGCGACCUUGGACGAGGAUGGCAGUCGGCCCGGACUCAAUCGCCAUGUUGCUGCGCGAGAUGAACAGAGAGUUAUCCUUUUACGACGACCUGGUGACCUUUUUGGGUCUCUUCUACGCCAGCAAACUCGCCUUCAACAUCGGCAAGUCGGUCUGCAAGGGUGUCUACUCGCAUUUUGUCACCAGGCUCUACAGCCCCACGGAUUUGGCAGCUAAAUAUGGAAAAUGGGCAGUUAUUACCGGUGGCUCAGACGGAGUCGGCAAAGCCUACGCUCAGGAAUUAGCCAGAAGAAAUGUCAAUAUUGUGCUGAUUGCGAGGAAUCAGGAAAAACUGAGCAAGGUUGCGUCAGAAAUCGAGGAGGAAUUCGGCAUCGAGACUAAAAUAAUUGUUGCUGAUUUUGGGAAAGGCCGGCAAGUUUACAGCCACAUUGCUCAGGAACUUCAAGGAAUCGAUGUCGGAAUUCUAGUGAACAAUGUUGGAGUAAUCCUGCCUUAUCCGAUGAGCGUGGAAGAAAUGACCGACGACCAAAUGUGGGACCACAUCAACGUCAAUUGCGCCGCCGUCACCGUGAUGACGAGGAUGCUGCUGAAGGGCAUGAAGGAGAAGAAGAAAGGCGCCAUCGUCAACCUGUCGUCGAUUUCCGGCUUGGGACCAACGCCCUACCUGAGCAUCUACGGCGCCACCAAAGCCUACGUGGACAGCUUCAGCGACGCCCUGUGCAACGAGUGCAAGGGCACCGGCGUCACCGUGCAGACCCUGACCCCCGGAUAUAUCAACACCCAGAUGGUCAAGUACAGCCCCAACCUGAAGGCCGGCGGCCUCAUGGUCCCGUCUGCCCAGGUCUUUGCCGCCAACGCCAUCUCCACCCUCGGGGUGAACGACAAAACCACUGGCUACUGGUGCCACGGCAUUGAGUACUGGUUCUUCGAGAGUCUGCCUAUCUACAUUUGGAAGAACGCCUGUUCCUUCCUGAACCAAAGAUUCCGCCGGCAGUACGACGCCUUGCAGCAGACUUCCAACAAAAAGAAAUAGCAAAUAACUUUCUAGUCCCAAUAUCUUGCCUAGCACUUUUUGAGCUGAAAUGUUACCUGCGCUGCAUUUAAAUUAGGAUUUCUUAAAAAGACUUAAUUAUGCUCUACUAUCAGUUUCUUUAAGGAAUUGAGUUUUUAUAUUAUUAUACUUUUAUUUGUGCUGUAUGACAAGUUGCUCGCGAUGUAGCGUUGAACCCCCACCUCUACUGUGCUGCUCACUAUGAUGUAUUACGUUUGUAUCUCGUGAAAUUAUUUUAAUUGGUAUGUAAACCGUGAACCAUGCAAAAAAUGACAAAUAUUUUGGAAUGUUUAGAGAAGAAAUAAAAGAUUAAAACAGA